AUUUUUUCGUAUUUAAUAUUUUAAUUGGUAAAUUUACAUCACAGAUCGUUGCAGAUUCAUUGUUUCCCUCUUUUAUCCUCCUCCACAGAUCAUUGGAUUAAGAGGUACAAUGUCUCUCUAAUUUCUAAUUUCUGUACACUACCACUCUUUUGAAAUUAGACACCAUCGUUCUGGGCAUAAAAUUGUUCGGUGCGUUAUGGGAAUAGGGAUCUAUACGUUUGAUCCGAUUCACAGAUUCAUCGUCGCAAAUGGAUAACUUAGAUUCACUUCGGCAGAUAACUACUGAGAUUUUCAGAUAUAUCUUGUCAUGUUCUAUUGCCCACUACAUUCUGUCACCUGAAUGUAUCUUAAGAUUUGAUUUGCGAUCUUGACAAGCUUAUGAAUUUUUGUUUCUUCCCCGUUUAUAGAAUUUUUUACUAUAUUAGCCAUGGGCGUUCGUUUUGAUUCAGUAGUUUGGAUUUUUUGUUUUCCUUUUUAAGAGACAUAAGGCUUGAUUAGAGUAAUCUCUACCUUUAUAUUUUUUUGCUUAGAAUUAUAGAUUUUGAUUUUUUUUGUAUUCUGUUUUGCUGUAAGAUUUUGGUUGUAGGUAUUAAAAAUAAAUAUUUUAUUUUAUAUUUUAUAAAGUAAAAUAUAAGUGCUCUAGUUAUUUUGUUCUUUAAUAGUCAAAAAUCUAAGAAAAUGGGAAAGAAACAUCUUUACUUUUAUUUUAAUUUUUUAAAAUAUGAUUGGAAGAGAUUUAUUCUUUAGAAAGAAUGUGGGAUGUGGAAAGACACUACGACAUCACCUACCAAUCAGCCCGUAGAAACCGUUCUGGUUUUUAUGAAAUUUGGUUCGAUUCUGGUAAGAAUAUUGGAAUUUACUAACACCUGAAAAAUUAGGGGGGAGCUAUUGGUUCCAGUUUGGUUUGGGACUCUCAAAUCAUUUGAAAUAACUAAGAUGAAAAUAUUGGUUAAUUCAGGGUUUUGAUAUAAAAUAUCAAGUAAUUUGAAUUGUUCAUAUUAAAUUAUCGGAUGAUUUGCAUAAUUUAAUAUUAUUUGGAUAAAGUUAUUCAGGCGAUUUUGUAUUUUUGGGUAGUUCAUUUUUAUAUAAUAUUAUAUUUUGACAAAUAUAAUUUUUCUUAGAUAUACAGUUAUUGUAAACUAAAUAUAGCUACUAUUUCUAAGAAUGUAAAUUAUAUCACAGAUAUUCUGUGUAUCCAUUCGGUUUUGGAUUUUUUGGUAUAUAAAAUGCUAGGCCUAGUAUAUAUAGAGAUAUGGGUUGUUUGAAAAAUUUUCUUCUUGAUAUUUCCCAUUCUCAUGAAUCUCAUGAUGCUACUGCUUUAGAGACCUCCAUACCAAGAUAUUGUCAAUAUUGGUCCUGGGGUGAAACUACACGUCGUGGUCAAGUUCUCGAAGCUGAUGGGGAGAAAGCUAUUGUUUAGUUCUAGGUUGGUGGCCACUUGUGUCUUUUUGGGAUGUUGCUUUUUGGUUACGCCCAUGCUUUCUGUAGGAGUAUCUUCUGAAUUGAGUUACUCUAAUGGGCAUAAGAAUCCAAAAGAGGUUAGUGAGGCAGUUCAAUUCACGUUGAACAGAAAACCUAAGAUUUUACUCCAGUGGACCCUUUUACUCCAGUGGACUCCUCAUGCUUCUCACAAGAUUAAGCUAGCUGUGAGAGGAGAUUUUCCAAAAGCAUCUGGUGACUACAAGUGGCUUAGCUCAGAUAUGAGGAUUGUGUAUGUGUCAUCCUAUGGAAAGAGGCCUGGAAUAGCCAUUGUGAAGACUGUAUCGAAUCGUGAUCCUCAGAAUUUUGAUGAGAUUCUUGUCAGAGUUUUCGCAAGCCACGAUAAUGUAAGCUGUGAUAUAAUCCUAGAGCCCAUACUGAACAAUGACCAGCUCGAGCCAAACUGUAUCUUGAAACCAAACCUUAUAUCCAUGGAUUGCAUUGACAUGACCCUCCUAGUAUACUCUCCCGUUGGUGGUAUCCUUGCUAUACUAUUACAUUAUUUUUGUGUUUUUCGACACAGUUGCUAUGUUAUGCAUGAUAAGUGCCAUCGUUCUAGAAGACGGUCCAGACGGAUGUCUAUACGGCACAUAUAUAGGCGCUAAGCAGCUACAGAUCAUAAUAUUAUUUUGUAGAUGUUGAAAUAAAGCUAUCGAGUAGAGUUAUUCCUCCUCCAUUUUAUUUAAAUAACGUUAUUAGAUUGGCUAAGUUGUUACACACUACAUUUCAAUUUGUCAAGAUGUUAUUCACUAAUACGCUACAUCAUCUCUUCUAUCUAUUGCUAUCAAAAUGUUUUGUAGCCUGGUGGUAGUAUAAGAGGAUUUUUUUUUUUGAUGAAAUAUCAAACUGAUUGAGAAAUUAAGAUGCCAAUUUACAUGGUUGACAGAAUAUAAAGAAUUUUUAAGAAAAUAAUAACUAGAGCUGGCUAAAAAAAACAUAUCUAGAGCUGUCUAAACAUCUGUCAUAAAAUGUGUUUCCAUUUUCAAAUACUUUUCAUUCUCCAUAACCAUCUUCACGUGCAUGCAUAAGAACAUAAACUGAAAUCAAAUCUUGAUUGGGCAAUCAAAUGGUCAGAUUAAGUUAAACUAAAUUUUGACAUUUAUACUUCUGUUACAAAACCUGUUAAAAAUUUAUUAAUUGAUAAUUUGGGUAUCUAAAAGGAUGUAAAAAAAAUUAACUUUUAGUUUUUUUUUGAAACAGUAUUAACUUUUAGUGAUUUUUUCGUAUUUAAUAUUUUAAUUGGUAAACUUUUAUAACAGAUCUUUGCAGGCUCAUUGUCUCCCUCUCUUCUCCUCCUCCGCAGAUCAUUGGAUUAAGAGGCUUUAGAGACCUCGAUACCAAGAUAUUGUCAAUAUCAAUUUUGGGGUGGAACUACAGGACAUGGUUAAGUUCUUGAAGCUGAUGGGGAGAAAUCUAUUGUUCAGUUCUAGGUUGGUGGCCACUUGUGUCCAUUUGGGAUUUUGCUUUUUGGUUACGGUCAUGCUUUCGGUAGGAGUAGCUUCUGUAUCGGGUUACACCAAUGGGCAUAAGAAUCCGGAGGAGAUUAGUGAGGCGGUCCAAUUCACACUGAACAUAAAACCUAAGAUUUUACUCCAGUGGGCCCCUCAUGCUUCUCACAAGAUUAAGCUAGCUGUGAGAGGAGGUUGUCCAAAAGCAUCUGGUGACUACAAGUGGCUUAGCCCAGAUAUGGGGAUUGUGGCUGUGUCAUCCUAUGCAGUUAUCCAGGUAAAGAGGCCUGGAAUAGCCAUUGUGAAGACGGUAUCGAAUCGUGAUCCUCAGAAUUCUGAUGAGAUUCUUGUCAGAGUUUUCGCAAGCCACGAUAAUGUAAGCGAUGAUAUGAUCAUAGAGCCCAUACUGAACAAUGAUCAGCUCGAGCCAAGCUGUAUCUUGAAACCAAAGCAUAAGGCCUGCUUGCUCAUGAUGUUGCUAAUACACUGUCUCGUUGGUUGGACACUUGUUAUUUUAAGUCACUAUUGUUGUUUUGGAGGACGUACUGGCUAUGCAAAGCAUCAUAAGUCUCAGUGUUUUGAAAAACGGUUCAGACGUUUGCCUAUUCGGCGCAUAAGCGGCUGUAGAUCAUCAAACGAUCGGUGGUGAUUGGUUAAUACUGUAGAAGCUGCACACAGCAUUAUUAUAACUACAUCACCGAUUUGACAGCAUUCAGACUUUGUUAACUUUUUUGUUUCUACAGCACUGCUUUAACUUUACGGCUGUACAACAGCUCUAGAGAACAAUAUAUCUACAGCCUAGUUUUAUGGGCUUUCAAAGUAUAUUUACAUUAGCUUUAUUCCAAUAUUAAUUUGUAAACAUUAAAACCCUAGUUCUUCGUAUCAUUCAUCUGUUUUUUUUU